AUGGCGAGAUACCAGGGGCUAUCGAUUCUAUCCUUAUUUGCCGUUUUUUCCUCCUUAGCGUCUGCCGAACUAGACUGUUCUCAUAUCAAAGUCGAUGGAGUAUCGUGGGAUCUCUCCAAGCUUGGAGGUGCUCAUUCAGUCAUGGAGACUACCAGCACCCACGGAGACUUCAAUACAACAUACACGCUUGACAUAUGCAAGCCAUUAACCAAAUCUAUGUGUAAAAAGGGUGCUUUCGUCUGCGCUGUCAGGAAUGCAACGGAUAUAAAUGGAAUAGAGCGAACCAUGGAGGUGAUCGAUAUUGCGGGCAAUUUUGUUCUAGAUAGCGGCAAGACACUCGACCCUAUAUUCACACGGCUAAAGAAAGAGAACCCGAGUACCGAAGGUCUGAAGAUGGAGCUUCAUGGCGGAAAACACAAGGUCGGCGAUGUAGUAAAGAAGCAGAAAGCGGUGUUUACCUUCUUGUGUGACCCCGAACGAACCGGGCUGGAGGGUUUGGAAGACGCCAAACCGGACGACGAUAAGAAGAAAGACGAUGAAAAGAAAGGCGAUGAUAAGAAGGAUAGUAAGGACAAGGACGGCAAAUCCCAAAAACGAGAGGAAGAAAACUCGAAGAGCCUUGUUUAUAAGGGCUAUAACGAAGAACAAGGUACCUUAGAGCUGGAGUGGAGGACCAAAUAUGCUUGCGAGAACGUUGAAGGCGGUGGUAACACAUCAUCCGGCCACUGGGGGUUCUUUACCUGGCUUAUUGUCCUUCUCUUCCUAUGCACUGCGGCUUAUCUGAUAUUUGGUUCGUGGCUCAAUUACAGCCGGUAUGGAGCUCGUGGGUGGGAUCUGCUUCCUCACAGUGACACUAUCCGGGAUAUUCCCUAUAUCCUCAAGGACUGGGCGCGACGGGUGGUAAACACACUGCAAGGAGGUGGAACCCGAGGCGGUUACAGUGCCGUGUGA